CCACCUCUCAAUCCUCCAAAAUCCAAAGGCAUCUAGCGCUUGAUUCCGUUGCAAUCAAUGCAUCUAAUCCUUUCCCCUUCAGCUCAUAACCCUCACUCUCACAUCACCAAAUCUCAUCUCUCUCAUCUCUCUCAUUUUCAAUUCCCGCAGCAACCGACUCCGAAAUGUCGUCCAAGCAGACCUACCGCGUGUGCUUCUGCUUCCGCCGCCGCUUCCGCCUCGCCGCCUCCGAGGCGCCGCCCGACGUCAAGCAGCUCUUCGCGGAGUACUCCGAGAACGGCGUCAUGGACGCCGAGCACCUGCGCCGGUUCAUGGAGAAUGUCCAGCAGCAGAAGGACGCCACGGUGGAGGACGCGCAGGCGGUGAUCGACAGCCUCAAGCACCUCAGUAUUUUCCAUCGCCGCGGCUUCAAUCUCGAGGGCUUUUUCAAGUACUUGUUUGCUGAUGACAAUUCGCCUAUUAACACCAAGCUUGGGGUGCACCAUGAUAUGACUGGUCCUCUUUCUCAUUAUUUUAUAUACACGGGCCAUAAUUCCUAUUUGACGGGGAAUCAACUAAGUAGUGAUUGUAGUGAUGUUCCCAUUAUAAAUGCAUUGCAUAGAGGCGUCAGAGUUAUUGAAUUGGACAUAUGGCCAAAUUCUGCUGGUGAUAAUGUCAAUGUUCUUCAUGGAAGGACGCUAACCACUCCUGUUGAGCUCAUCAAAUGUUUGAGGUCGAUCAAGGAAAAUGCGUUUGUUGCAUCUGAAUAUCCCCUUGUAAUUACAUUAGAAGAUCAUCUUACUCCAGAUCUUCAGGCUAAAGUGGCUGAGAUGAUCAAUGAAACUUUUGGCGACAUCCUGUUUGCCCCUGGUUCAGAAUGUUUGAAAGAUUUCCCUUCCCCUGAACAUCUGAAGAAAAGGGUUAUUAUAUCGACCAAACCACCAAAAGAGUACUUAAAGGCCAAGGAUGUUAAAGUACAAGAGGGUGAUUUAAAAAAGGAAAAGGAUGAUGAAGCAUGGGGAAGUGAGCCAAACUAUGCUAAAAACGACAAGGAUGAUGAAGAUGGGGAGGACGAUGAAGAUGAUGAAGAGGAUACUCAGGAACAACAAAAUGAAGCCCCAGAAUACCGGCAGUUGAUUGCUAUUCAUGCUGGAAAGGGGAAGGGUGGAAUGCAGGACUGGCUGAGGGUUGACCCUGAUAAAGUGAGACGUCUUAGCUUGAGCGAGCAAGAGCUUGAGAAGGCCAUUGUAGAUUAUGGAAGAGAUAUUGUCAGGUUUACCCAAAGGAACUUGCUUAGAGUAUACCCUAAGGGUAUACGUUUUGAUUCAUCCAAUUACAAUCCCCUAAUUGCAUGGUCACAUGGAGCUCAAAUGGUUGCAUUCAACAUGCAGGGUUAUGGAAGAUCCCUUUGGGUGAUGCAUGGCAUGUUCAGGGCCAAUGGUGGUUGCGGAUAUGUUAAAAAGCCUGACAUUUUGUUGAAACCUAAUGCAUACGGCGAGGUCUUUGAUCCUAAUGCAUCAUUACCUGUCAAAACAACUUUGAGGGUGACUGUUUAUAUGGGUGAAGGAUGGUACUAUGACUUCCGUCAUACGCAUUUUGAUACUUAUUCUCCCCCAGAUUUCUAUGCUAGGGUUGGAAUUGCUGGAGUGCCUGCUGAUACCAUCAUGAAGAAAACAAAGACGCUCGAAGAUAACUGGAUACCGAACUGGGAUGAGGUGUUUGAGUUCCCACUAAGAGUUCCGGAACUGGCAUUGCUUCGAAUCGAAGUCCACGAGUACGACAUGUCUGAGAAGGAUGAUUUUGCCGGGCAGACAUGCCUGCCGGUGACGGAGCUCUGCAAAGGCAUCCGAGCCGUUCCACUGCACAACCGCAAGGGGGUGAAGUACAACUCCGUGAAGCUUCUUAUGCGGUUCGAGUUUGUGUGAUGUGCAAUGACUCUUUUUUCUUUGGGGUCUGGAUUAGUCAACCAUGCAUUUGUAUAUAUAAUGAAAAGCAUGGUUUAGUUCCUUGUUGAACUCUGAUUUAUGUUCAUUUGUCGAUUCAUGUACAUGACUCUCGAGUGAGAGUGAGAGUGUGAGUGUGUGAGAGAGUGUGUGUGUGUGUGAGAUUGAUGAAUAUCUAUGUGAAAUAUCACACGAUGCGUUUGAUUUCUA